AUGGUUAAGAGUAGCAACAAAAAUGACUACUCGAGUUCCUUCUACUACUACGAUGAUCAUGAUGGCCUCUGUUGUACAACAUGCCAUCAACGUAUAGAGUGCUACUUCAAUAAGAAAGGCACUUGCAACAAUACUUCCUGUGACUUUGCCCAUCCAUUGCAUCCUGAAGAGGAAACAGAUCUCUGUGACUGUCUCUUCCAAUAUGUCCCGCUGUGCACCAACUUUAAGAAGAAAGGAAAGUGUGUAGGAGGUGACAAAUGUGCAUUUAGACACUCCGAUGAAGCGGCUGACGAGGUAGAAGCUAUGCGCCUUGCCAACUUGACAACAGGAGCGACACCAACAUCAAAAGAAUUCUUGCACUUCACCAAAGAAUGUGAAUACUUUAAGAACGGAACUUGUGGAAGAGGAGAUAAAUGCACUUAUCUUCACACCACAACUAGCAAUGGCACACCAAGCAAAGGCAGUGCCGCCAGCAGCACCAGCACCAGCAGUAGCACCCCCAAUGGAAGCACCAAGGGCUGGACAACCAAAUUGACAGAUGUCCCAAAGAGUCAGAGUGCCUCUGAAACCUCAUCAGCAAAACCCAAGCUCACUUUGAGGACGGAUUCAUUGAAUACAGAGUCAAAGCCACCUGGAUCAAACUCUGGCGUCGCUCCCAAGACUCCAACGAGCGCCACAACUACCGCUACAACCACCACAACAACGACAACAUCAGCGGCCGUCACUCCGGCCACUCCCAAGCCAGUGACAGUCGUCAAUGAAGUGGUAGCUGAUGCCAAUGUCAAUGUCAAUGCCCAACCAGCUGCAGUCGAAAAGCCUAUCAAAACAAGUUCUCCCAGUCCCUUGGAAUCCCUGAAUCAGAUUCCCUCACCUCUUCCAACAACAACAGCAACAACAACAGCAUCAGUAGUGACGACAGAUUUACCCAUAAAUAGCAAUCUAAUAGUUGGUGCUCCACCACCUGGCUUCAUUGUACCAACGCCACAACAGGUUAACAAUCAGUUACUAUCCUUUUCAAUGUUCAGCACUACACCACAGUCGGCGUUGCCAAUGUCCCCUCUGCCUGGCACGUCGCAGCUCUUUGCCACACCGAUCAAGGCACCUGGCGGAAUGGACAACAUGCCACCAGCUGUACAGCCAUCACCCUCUGCUGCCAAUGGUGUCUCUUCGCCAAUUUUACAGGCUUCAUCAGCAUCCAAGCCAUACUCUGAAUGGAGCACCUAUGAUGUGAUGGUUUGGUUGGCAGAGAUUGGCAUGCCGCCCGUGGUGAGCCAGGCGUUUGCCAUCCAAGAGAUCGAUGGAAGGACAUUGGAUAAAAUCGAUCCGGCAGACUAUCCAGACCUGGGUCUGACGACAAUCUUUAGGAAGAAGACAUUCGAGUCGGAGAGGGCUACAUUGGCGAGCAAGAAAAUAGAUCAGUUGAACCAGGUCUUGAACAACUUGGGAGGCCUCUACAUUGGCAAGUAA